AUUCCAGGUGAGAUGAGCGCAACCGAUUCCGGGUUCGGGACGGCUCGCGGCUGCUCGGCAGGGGUUUCCUCCCUUAACCAGCCAGAAUGUGUGGCGUCAGUAACUGAACUGCAAACGGCAGGGGUUGGUUUGAAGCUCGCAGGAAACGCCGAAAAGUUCGCCGGCAUUUCACGCGUGAAACGUAUUUUCCCGGGUCGUGUUGGUGAUUCGUUUUUUGCAAAUUUUUUGUUUUUUUUUUGUGACGGAUCAUGAUCAUGAUGAUGUUGAAAGUGUGGUUGAUGUUGAUGGUGUGCCGUUGCUGUGACUGUCAGACGCUGAUUAGUGAUAACGAUGUGUGGGAUCAGGAGGAAUCAGGAACUGUUGUUCAAGUGAAAGCUGUGAUGGGAAAGACGGCCAUGCUUCCAUGCGACAUCGAGCCCAACUUCAGUGACGAUCGCGUCUACAUGGUGCUUUGGUUUAGAGACAAACAGAGCAAGCCGAUAUACAACUUCGAUGUGCGGGGCAAAUCGCUAUCCGAUGUGGUUCACUGGUCGGAUCCUCAGGUGUUCGGACACCGAGCCCAAUUCUUCACCGUCCCCAAACCGGCCACCCUCCAUCUGGAAAAGGUCCUGUUGGAGGAUCAGGGAAUCUACCGGUGCCGCGUGGACUUCAGAACAAACCCCACCCGCAAUUCCGCCCUGAACCUGACCGUGAUUGUUCCACCUCAUCAGAUCAUGAUUUACGACAAUAUGGGACGAAAUGUUUCGGGCGUUGUGGGCCCGUUGGAGGAGGGCAGCAAACUGGUGCUAACCUGCGAGGUUCGAGGAGGCAAUCCUCCUCCAACAGUGUCCUGGUUUGUCAAUGGCCGUUUGGUGGCUGGACAAAGGGAAGUCCUGACCAAACCCAAAGUAGUGGUUAAUCGCCUGGACAUCAAGGAGGUCACUAGGGACAAGCUGAAUUCCACCUUCAAAUGUCAGGCUAGUAACACCAAUUUGAUCACACCCAUUGAAAAUGGGGUCCAAUUAGAGCUGUUGCUGCGGCCCCUUCACGUAAUUAUUCCCACCAAGCCCAUGCAACUGGUGGCUAACGAAGAAAUCACCAUUCACUGCCAAGUGACUGGAUCCCGGCCUAGAGCGGUCGUGUCCUGGAGUAGGGACAAUCGGGAAUUCAAGCGAGGAAAGUUUCACGACACGGACAGUAACGAAUCACUCGUACUCAGCUCGGUUAGUUUCGCGCCAGUCCCUGAGGAUGACGGCACUGUUCUGAAGUGUAUCGGCACUAAUCCCAAGCUGCUCGCUUACAGUCAGGAGGAUUCCUUCAGGCUGAAUGUUGUCUAUCCCCCCCAAGUGGUUCUCAGCUUGGGCAGCACCCUCAAUGCCGACGGCAUCAAGGAAGGCGACGACGUUUAUUUUGAGUGCAACAUUAAGGCGAACCCCAAACAGCACAAAAUUACCUGGUAUCAUAACUUUCAGACACAGAGAACCCAACGUUCCACUUGGACCUGGGCGAUCUCCUACCUUCUCCUCCAUCCCUUCGCAUCUUCGUCUACGCCAGCAACGCAAAAGGAAAAAGCGAGAAGCUGGUGCUGGACGACAUCACACUAAACGAUGCAGAGAAGCGAACAGAUGGCAGUUCCAACAUGAGUCUGGUUCCUCUGGCCGGCCUCCUCACUGGCUCCUUGCUGACGCUUGGAAUCGCGGUCUUGGUAAUCGUGGUGAUUGCGGUGCGACGAAAAAGACAUUGCGAUGGUCGCAACCACUGCCCCCACCACAUCGCGCUGGAUGCCUCCAAGCCUGCUUCCAAGUCGCGCCAGGGCUCCAUGUUGGAGAUCAAUACAGGUGACAAUCGAUAUGUAGUUGCCUACACUGUGAAGCCUGCAGCUGACUGUUCGCCAGCUUAUCCCUCUCACGACAACCUCGCCAAUGACUCCAGAAGACAGCCGGACAUCUUGAAUACUCCUCGAGUAAUCAAACUUGAAACAGGUGGAGAGAACGUCACUCCCCCCGAGCUUCCACGGCCUAACGAUUUGUUUACCCCAACGGGAGACUCCAGGAUGGUGACGGACCAGAUAAAAUCGUUCUCCAAUUUACAGUCGCAUUCCAACUGUGACAUCAGCAGCACCCUCGGGAGACCCAGAAAUCGUCUUCGAGACGUGUCCUAUGGAUCAUUUGCAACCAUUAGGAGGGAACAACACAUCCUGACCGACAAUAUACCAGGUCCAGAAAGCUGCGUUUAAGUGGUUCCAAAGAGAAAUUUGCUGUUUUUCCAGACAAUGUGACUGUGAACUAGAUAACUUGUAAACUUCGUGUCUAAAGUGCUCUACGACAAUGAAAUCUAUGUUACUUUGAUAAAAUGUUUCUUGUAAAUGGCGUGACUUUGAGCUUGACUAAACUAUAUAGGAAUUCAGUUGGAAAAAACCCCAAAGCCGAGUUUCCCGUUCCGUAUAGUCCAACUACGACUGUUUGAACAUAGAGCCUAUCAAUAAUGUUAGAGAUCCUAAACUGUUGUAACACUAAGUGCAAAUCCUGUUGUAAAUAGUAAAUCGACGAAUGUAAAAUAUAGACCUAAAUUGGAUAAAUGUAAUAUAAUAUUAAUAAAGACACUAAUUUAUAUGAUUGUUA